AUGGCGCCCAUCACCCUCCCCUUCCAUCCUGGCCAUGCCUACGCGACUCCUCCCGCCACCUCUUCGGCCGCAGCUGCAACCGAAGAUGCUGCAUUCAUACUCACACCGGGAAAGUCAAGCUACCCGCUCAUCGAUAUGGGUAUCGCGGCUUGGAUCGUCGUCUGCGUGGUCGUCAUUUGCAUCUGGAUCGAGCGUGCGAAGCAUGGACGGGCAGGACAGGACUUGGAAGACGAUGGUGAGAAGGGUCCGGGACGAGUGCAGCUGUCUUCAUUCAUGAAGUCCGUCUUGCGCCGCGACGGCAAAGGGAGCUAUGAUCGUGGACGCCCCACAUCUGGUCUGAAGUUGGACGGCGCCAUGUUUGCCAAGCCUCAAUACGCUCCCCCGCUGACGCCAAAGCCAGCCUACACCCCCCUUCCUUGUCUCCUGCACCUCUCCCCUCCUCCCGCUCCCACAGCAGCCCUCUCUACCCCAUUCGCCACGCCCUCCUUCAGUGGCCACGGCAAUGCUUGCGCAGCGGGUGCACACUUCUGGGCGCCCUCAUGGGCACUGAAGGCGGCGGAGGCCAACGCGAAAGCGCGCGCACAGACGGAGGCUCCCCGCUUGCCGUCGCUCUCUCCGACUAUGGGAUCGUUCUCUGUUUCGGGCAUGUUCUCCCCCGCUAGCGCGUACGCGCAACGCUCGCCUUCGCUCCGCUCUCCUUCGCCGUCCCCCUCGUCUAACAGACGGACAACGCCUUCGACUAGGAAAUGGACGACGCCGAACUCGUGCGCAAUUGACUUCCCGGAGGUGCCUGCGUCGAUUGUCGCGAGGAUCCGACGGGAGCCCCUCCCCAUGCUCGUCUGA